GUGGCCCAGCGGUGGGAUGGCCUCCAUCUCCCAGUUCCUGAGCAAAGGCAGAGGCCGUGUGAGACUGCAGGUUAGAUGAGAUGGCAGGCUGGGGACUUGCCCUUCUCAGACCAGGACUGCCACGACCCCUCACCUGCCUGGACAUCUGUGGCAGUCCCUUGGAUUGUUUUUGCCUCUCAAGCAACAGGUGCUGUUGGCUGGGCCCCGCAGUCCCUUCCAGUUGCCCGUCUGUGGCUGGGCGCACGGUGGGCCUUUGGGUUGGAGGGUCCCUAGUGCCGCCCCGCAGCCUCCGCCAGUCCCCCAGGUGGCCGUGGGACCGCCUUACACUUGCUGUCCCUCCUGUCUUCCCAGGGCUGCCCUGCCCCUCCCUUCAAACCGUGGCUCUGCGGCUUGGCCACCUGCUCUCUGCUCCCGGCUCAGAUCCUGCUUGAGCUGCUGCCCUGGGGACCCGCCGGUCUGUGGCUCUGCUGUGCCCCCAGGGUCUCUGAAAGCUGCUGUUGGAUCCCUUGUCGCCCACUCGAUGCUCAGGUCCCCAGGGCCAGGCCCCCUUGACCACGUUGGACACAUUGCCUGGUGCACAGUAGGUGCACGGGUGCACCUGUGGAACUGGGCCGAGUCCUCUUGGGUCCCUGUGCCUGCCUGGGGUCUGCAUGGCUGCACAGGACAAUGUUGGGGCGGCCUUCCAGAGAUCUGAGGAGAUGCUGGGCCCCCACCUGGAUCUUGUCUGCUCAAGGCAGACACCCCUGCAGCCGCAGCUCUUGUUUCCACACUGAUCUUUCUGGAGGAUGAUCUUACUGGAAUUUUGCAAAUUAAGCUUUAAUAUUUUUAUGUUAUCCAUCCAUGAAGUUUAUGGAGUAAAGGAGCGCCACAUGGUUAAUUCAGAGAAAAGUCACCCCUAGCCGCCCUCCUCCUGUCCCGAGUCAGCUGCUUUGGAUUCUUCUAGUAGAUCUUUGAUGCUUUCCUCUGAAUAACACACUCGUGUCGCUACUGCUUGAUUUUUUUCAACAUUUACACAUUAUUUGUUGACUUGCAAGGUGAGGGUGCAGCAGAGUCAGACUCCUAGGCAGGGUGGGCGGGGCCAGAGUGCAUCCUGAAUCCCAGCGCUAAACCCUCUUUCCUCCCUCCCUGCCCGGGUUUGGUUUCUUCCAGCUCUGCAGGAAGGCGGCGGCCCUGCCUUCUGUGAGAAGAUGUCCUACGGAUCCAUCGCUGGCAGCGGCGGCCUGGGGAGCCACGGCCCUUUUGGGGAGCCCUCCACACAAGGCUAUCAGCCCCUAGGGCCAGGGGUCGCCACGGACGGCAGCGGGACACCGGAGCGCACCUCGCCGCCUGCCGGCCCGAGGAAGGACUUGGCUGCAAGGGCCCAUGGCCGGGUGGCGGGGCCCAGGGCCUCCCGGGCCAAGAAGAGGAAGCCCAACUUCUGUCCGCAGGAGACGGAGGUGCUGGUGGCCAAGGUCAGCAAGCACCACCAGCUGCUGUUUGGCACCGGGCUGCUGAGGGCCGAGCCCACCCGGAGGUACCGCGUGUGGAGCCGCAUCCUGCAGGCCGUGAACGCGCUGGGCUACUGCCGCCGCGACAUCGUGGACCUCAAGCACAAGUGGCGGGACCUGCGUGCCGUCGUGCGGCGCAAGCUGGGCGACCUGCGUGGAGUGGCCCCUGGCCCCGGCCCUGCCAAGCCCCAGGCCCUGGCUCUCACGCCUGUGGAGCAGGUCGUGGCCAAGACCUUCUCCUGCCAGUCUCUGCCCUCUGAGGGCCUCAGCCCCGAGUUGCCCAGAGCCACCGAGAUGGACCUGAGUGACCUCCAGGAACUGUUCCAGGAGACGUCGGCCAGCGUCUUCCGAAUCAACUCCAAUGUGGCCUUCUUGGAGCAGAGCCUCCGGUCCCUGGGGACGCCAAGUGGCACGCAGGAGCUGCGGGACAGCCUGCACACGGUGCAGCAGCAGACCAACCACGCGAUCGCAGCCAGCACCAGUGCCCUGAAGCAGAUGGCUGAGCUCCUGCGGGGCUGCUCCCGGAGUCCCCAGGCCCCAUUUGCCGAGCUGUCCGAGGACGAGAAGAUCUUUAACGGGGGCGACGGCGUGUGGCAGGCCCAGGGGCAGGCGCUGCUUCCGGAGAUCACCGAGGAGGACCUGGAGGCCAUCCGGCUGCGUGAGGAGGCCAUCCUGCAGAUCGAGAGUGACCUGUUGGAUGUGAACCAGAUCAUCAAGGACUUGGCCUCCAUGAUGUCGGAGCAAGGAGAGGCCAUCGGGUCCAGCAGCGGCAAGGCCGUGUGCCGGCGCAGCUCCAGCCCCGAGCCGGCCGUGGUGGCCCUGCUGCCCGGGCCGGGCUGUGCGCCCCUGCGGCCGGGCUCCCACUCACGCACCAAGACGCGGAAGCCCAACUUCAGCCCGCAGGAGACCGAGGUGCUGGUGCAGAGGGUGACGCGCCACUACCCGCUGCUGUUCGGGGCUCUGCGGGGCCCACCCGCCCGGAAGCACCGCGUGUGGAGCCGCAUCCUGCAGGCGGUGAACGCGCUGGGCUACUGCCGCCGCGACCUGGGCGACGUCAAGCACAAGUGGCGGGACCUGCGAGGGGUGGUGCGCAGGAAGCUGGCCGAGCGCCCCCGGGCCCCCGGCCCCGUCCUCACGCCCGUCGAGCGCAUGGUGGCUGAGACCUUCGCGGCCCCCGGCCCCGCCGGCGAGGGCCAGCCCGCCGAGGCCCUGCCGACCGACGAGGACGAGGCCCCCGGCUGCCUGUGGCUACCCCUGCGGACGCUGGAUGGGCCGAGCCUGCCUGAAGCCGACCCCCUGGACCCCCGAGGAGCCUUCCCUGCGUCCCCCUCCUCACCCUCCCCGCCUGCCUCCCCGGCCUCGGCACCCCCCGCGGCCACAUUCCCCGGGGCCUCCCGGCCCUCGCCGCCCUCCUCGGCAGCACCCCAGCCCCCCGGGAAGCCCACAGGGCCUGAGGCCUCGGACGUGGAACGGCGGCUGCUGGACUCGCAGCGGCAGCAGGGCGCCCUGCUCAGCUCCUGGUCCCAGCAGCAGAGUGCGCUGAUGGCCCAGCAGAACCUGCUGCUGCAGCGGCUGGCCGAGCAGAGCCAGCGGCUGGCCGACGGCGUCGAGGCCCUCAACCGGACCCUGGAGAGGCUGGUGGAGGCCCUCCCGCCCCGGGGCGCCUCGCCCGCAGUCCCAGAUGGCUGCCCUGGGGGCGGAGCAGCCUGCAGGCCAGCUGGAGGCUCCCAGGGCAGCCCCCAGGGCAGCCACACAGGCCAGGAGGUCUUCUCAGGGAUGAUCCUGAAGGUGGAGGAGAUCUAGGGUCUGGACCCCGUGGGCCGCGUGCAGAGCAGGGACUCCGGUCCUGCCCCUCUGAGGGGCAGAGAUGGGGCCUCGAUAGAGCCAGAGAGGAUGCGGGACUUGGCCUGUGGUUGCCCCUUCCGUCUUGCCAUUGUCCGUGGGCCUGUGACGCGAACGGAGGGCUGGGUUGAGGUCUACUCGGGUGACGCCGGUGGGUGGACCGAGCUCCCUCCGCUCCCAUCCCGUGCUCCGACCGUCGGGGCGAGUGCUGUGGAGUGCAGAACGGGGCGCCUCUCGGCGGGCAGUGGGUGAGCGGAGCUGCGGGAAGAAGCACGCAGAGCGCAGCUCCCCCAAACCACUGCCUCGGGUGUGGGCCCUGGAGUGUGGCUCUGCUGGGCACCCAGAAAGCCCCCGGCGUGUGCCCUGGAGUGACUCCUGGAAGCCCGCCUGCUCCGUGGGCGUACGGACUGAGGGGGGCUGGACCCCUGCAACCUCUUGAUUCUGCCCCGAGGGAACCACGCCCUGUGGGCCUGCGGUUAUUUCUCUCAAUUUUAUGCCUGCGGUGUGGGGUGUAUAUACGUAUGUGCACAUAUGUUCGUUGGUACUGGAUGGGGUGGGAUGCCAUUUUAUACCUGUCGACUUUUCUUGGAAAAAGAUAUUUUUCUCAUAUAAGCAUAAAAUAACAACAAAAAAAGGCGGUGAUGAUAACGAGGGUGAUGCUGACAGGAAAUGAGAUGGAGCCCGUCUGUCUGCGCCUGGGCUCUGCCUCUGCCCUUGGCCGGCAGGCAGCCCUGAUGCCCCCCGCCGGUGUCAGAUCCGCCUCACCUGUGACUCCUGGCCCUGUGGGGUCCCUCGGGGCUGGCCCCAGCUCCUGGCCCCGCCAGGCAGGGCACAGGGGCUCAGCGCACAGUUCGGGUGGCUGUUGGGGUCCUCGUGGCCCUGGGGCUGUGCCACCUCCAGCUUCCCCUUGGCCUCCUUCUCCAGACUCGUGAUGAAAGCCUUUUCCGGAAGCAAGAGGCUGAGGUCCUGGCAUGAACUGGACAGCGUGCUGGUCCCAGGGCUCCCAGGCAGCCUGGCACUGAGGGGAGCAGAGACCAGGGUGGAACACACACAGUGGGAGGGACUUUUCCUGGUUUCUCUGUUUACCAUGGGGCCAGCAGCAUGUCAGCAACUCUUGUCCACAAAAGAGAGCCCCAACUCCUUAGCUGCCCAUCCAGCCCUCUGCAGUGUGGCCAGCGCCCUUCCAGCCUCCUCUUCCCCUGCGGUCUAGAGGACACCAUGUGUUCUCCACGGCGGCCUUUCCUUCAGCCCUACAAAGCCAGAGUGCAUUUCAGUGCCAUGUGUGGCGUCUUCCUAGGGCUUCAUUCCAGGUGAAAGGCACGGACCCUGCUUGUCCACUAAGAUGCCCACUGCGGUGGACACACACCUCUCUACAGGCAAUGAACACUGCUCUCCAAGGUUACCCACUAACCCUGGUCAACACCUACUCGGAUCCCAACCUAGCCCUGACCCUGGUCACACUCGGAGCCCUGAUCCUGGUCACAUGCUGAGCCCUGACCCUGGUCCCGUGCUGGACUCUGACCCUGGUUCCGUGCUGAACUCUGACCCUGGUCCCAUGCUGAACUCUGACCCUGGCCAGUCCCAUAAUCCCUAUUGGACACCUGCUCUGGGCCCUGCACUGAGUGCUGAGGACACAGCAGCCCAGGCUGAGUAGAGGUCUGACUGCGUCCAAGGGCCAGGCAGGGCACGACUGGGAUGGGGUGCCUGCCUGUCGGGCCAUCGGUCUGCGGGUGCACGAGGGAGCCUGGGUGGCAGGCAGGGGGACGGGGGCCCUGCCUGGCCUCGAGUGCAGGGGUGUUCCUGCAGGAAGGGGAACCAAGGAUCCGGGGUCGGGGUGGCCUGAAGAUCCGUUAAGGAGGAGGCUGGGUCUUGGCUUAGGAGCUGGUCAGAAGCAGAGCUUUGAGGGAGGCGCAUGUGAGGUGAGGCAGCGGGGAGACAUCUGACCCUCCCGGGGGGGGUUCCAGCACCUUCUGUGCCUUCUGCCCAGACUCUGGGCCGGGUGACCAGGCAGAUGGCGGGCCUGGACAGGGAGAUGGGGGAGAGGAGGGCCACCGGGAGGGUGGUGAGGGCGGGCAGCGUUGCUGUCCUGUGCGGGGCCCGGGGGCCAGGGGGACUCUGAGGACCCCGUGUGGGAGCCCGGGGACAGGGCGGCAGGGAGAGGAGGAGACCCCGUGGAGACUGGGUGACAGGUGCCCGGGGGGUUUAAGGAGAGGGGGAAGGGCAGCAGCGUCCUGUGCACAGAGCAGCCCAUAGGUAUGAAGACCGAAGGGUUCUGACGCGGGGCGUCUAGAAGGCGUCAGCCACCAUGGCAGGCCAUGUUUCUGUGUCUUGCUCUGGUUGACUGCAAGACUUCUGUGUUCCAGUGAGACAGGCUGGAGGGCGGCCAGGACAGCUUUCCUCAGAUCCUGAAGAGACCCCAGGUCACCAUGGCAAAUCUGAGGCCAGGUGGCCUUGGGGGCACAGGGGUGAUGGCCGGAGUCAUGGAGAGAGCUGGGGGCCUCUUGGAGCCCGGUUUCAGGAUUUCCAGUUCAUGCCCGGUCCCUUCGGCGUGCUGCUUUACCAAGUGCGUGAGCCCGUCCAUGUGACCCCAAGUGAGUAAGGCCAGGUCCCCGGCCUGGGGGAGCCGCAGGCAAGGAGUUGGGCAGAUCCCUCGUGGUACACUGCGGGUUCAGCAGCCCAUGCGGCUCCCCUGCUAGGAGACAGCUUCACGUGGAAAAAACCAGGACUGUAAACACUUUGAGGGCUUGCAGGGGGAAGCAAAAUAACCCAACUUGUCCCCGCACCGCCAGCCCCUCGCCACCCCAGGCAAAAGCGCUGGACGGGAGGCAGCCGAGAUGCUGGCAGACGGUCCUUUCAGGGAGAGUCUCGUAGGCCUUUGGGGGACCCUCAGAAGAGCCACGUGAACCCACAGGCAGAGGUCACUUAGUCCGCAGUGGGCAGCCUCGGGGUGCAGAGGAGGAGGGAGGGCCGGCAGUUGCAGAAAUAACAAGACCACAGCUUUGGGCCCGAUGCAGGCUAAAUUCUGUCCCCCUAAAGUUCAGAUGUUGAAGUCCUCACCCCAGGACCUGAGCGGGUGACUGUGUUUGGAGUUGGGGCCUUCAGAGGUGAUUGAGGUAAGGCGAGGUCUCUGGGGUGACCUCGGAUUCAACGUGACUCGUGUCCUUAUAAGAAGAGGAGAUCAGGACACAUGGGCACAGAGGGACGGCGCGUGAGGACACGGGAGGGGAGGGCUGUCCACACUCCAGGGAGGUCGGCCUCAGCAGGAGGAGGAGACCUGCAGACCCCGGGGUAUCUGACUUUUGGCCUCCAGGACGGGGUCGGGGUGAGUUUCUGUUGUUUGAACCACCGAGUCUGUGUUACUUGUCAGGGCAGCCGCUGCUGACUCCUGCAGACCCCCAAGGAAUUAAUCAGAUACCUGACAUAAGAUAGUUUCUAAGAAAUAUUUUAAAAAUAAGAUGAAAGCACAAAAAUUAGUAAUAAUAAGAGAUGAUCAAAAGGGACCCAGUGAGUCAGGAAAAGAUCAGUGAUAACUUUUAGAACAAAGGACUUGGCGGGGGACCGGGCAACACAUUUGGUCCCGGAUGAUGUGAGAGGAGCAACCUGGGAGGUUUAGCUGGGGAAGUGACAGUGUGCCAGGGAGAGCUAAGGAAAUGGAAAGGGCGAUGGGUGAAGGGGUGCGGAGGGUAUACCAGCAAUUCAGCACAGGUCGGGGCGGGGUCCCAGGAGAAGAGAAUUGAAUGAGGAAAGGCAGUGUGUGAGGAGGCCCCACCCCAACCACCCACCAUCCCGCAGACACAGGAGGCACCUGACACCUGGCAGCUCCAUGCCUCCUGGAAACCGCGGCCCCAGAGCGGGAAGGAGGCUCGCGAGGAGGGGCAGAGUGACGGCUCCUCUCCCAGCUCAGUCACAGCAGCAACCGUGGAGGCUGGGGACGGUGGAGUGAUACCCACCAAGGCCGAGAGAAGGGACUGUCAGCCUGGAAUCACGCCGCCCGCAAAACCAUCUCUGGAGAGCAAAGACGAGUGAAAACUUGAGAGUUUACCGCCAACAGACUUUCACUAAAGGAGCUUCUGAAGGAUGGACUCGAGGAUGGAGAGUAAUCUUCAAAGGAAGGUCUGUGACAAGGAAAGUGAACCAAGGAGCUGGUAAAUGUGGGGCAGAUCCAACAAAGGACUGUGUGAGAUAAUGACAUCAUUUCAUAUUAAACAGUGUUUUUUGACUGUAAUGUCUUAUUUGUGCAGUUAAGUUUUGAGAAAGGGCAGAACAACAAUGGGACAAUGAUAGUGAUUAAAUUAGUCUGAGCCCAUUUUCAGAGAAAUUAAAUAUUCAUUAAUUUUGGUGUCUGUUAAUAACAAUACAUGGUAAAAACUCAAGGAUUCCUUCAUUGAAAUUAAAGACUUACGCUCUUCAAACGACCCUGUUAAGAGGAUAAAAAGACAAACUACUUACUGGGAGAUAAUGUUUGUAGAUCACAUAUCUGGCAGAGGACUUGUAUCCUGAAUAUAUAAAGAGAUCUCUAAUUCCAACAAUAAGAAAAAAUAUACUUGAAUUAGAAAAUGGGCAAAAGAUUUGAGCAGACCCUUCACCAAAGAAGAUAUAUGGAUAGAAAAUAAGCAUCUGAAAAGAUGUUCAACAUCACUAACCAUUAGAGAAAUGCAAAUUAAAACCAUAAUGAGAAACCACCGCACGCCUGCUAGAAUGGCUAAAAUAAGAGAUACAGAGAAAGUGGACCAUUCGUACACUGCUGGCGGGAAUGCAAAAUGAUACAACUACUCUGGAAAACACUGUGGUAGUUUCUUAAAAAGUUAAACAUUCACUUACGAUACUUCCCAACAAUUGCACUCCUGCGCAUUUAUCCUAGAGAAAUAAAAAGUCAUGUUUACACAAAAACCUGUACACAGGUAUUCACAGCAUCUUUAUCUGUAACAGCCCCAAAUUGGAAAUAACCCAGAUGCCUUCUGUGGGUAAAUGGUUAAACUGUGGUGCGUCCACGCCAAGAAAUACUCCUCAGCAAUAAAGAGGGUGAACAAGGGGGAGGGUUCCGAGGGCAUUUUGCUGAGUGGAGGAGCCUGUUUUGUAGAGCCCAUGCUGGGUGAUUCCGUGGGUCUGACAUCCUCUAAGGGACGAGAUUGUGGAGAUAGAAACGGGACCGGGAGGUGGGCUGGGUGGGUGCAACUCUAGGACAGCACGAGGGCCCCCCGAGGUAUUGGAGCAGCUCUGAGCAGCUCUGUAUCUGGUCACCACAGCGGUACAGGGAUCUGCAUGUGUGAUAGCGUCUCACAGACCUACACGCACAAGACACCAGUGGAAAAUACAAUAAAAUUGAAGGCAGUCGUAACCUCUGGAAGAGUAUUGUAGGAGUCUAUAACUUCCACACCAGGAAGAAAGGAGUAAGAAUGCAAGUAAGCGGACAAAAAGUCUUUACUGAAUAAAAUAGGAAAAAAAAGAGAGAAACUAAAAUAAUACAGAAGAAAAAACUUGGACAAAUAGAAAACCUGAGGCAAGCUUUUGAAAUCGUGUCCAGUAAACAAAUUAAUGUGGAUGGAUUAGAAGAGCUUAUUAAAUGUCAAGGAUCAUCAGAUUGUAGGAAAAAAAUACAAGUGAUCCAGUAACACAUAAGGACCAGAAGGUGAGAAUGAAGCUGUAAAGAAAGACACAUCGGUCAGAGAGUCAGGGAGGGUGUGAGUGGUAAGGUCAGCUUUGGAUAAAAUGGACGUGAAGACAAAUAUGUACAUGAAUACCACCAGGAUUAAUCAUAUAAGUAAAUAUAUUAAACAGGACAGCACAAAUCACUGCAUGAUCGGCUCAGCUCCUCAGGAAGAUGAAAAACCUUACAUUUCUAUACACCUAAUAAAAGAGCUCUAAAUAGAUAAACAAAGCCAGAACUUCCCACCUGCAAAGGGACUCCAUCACGAGAGAAGAAGGUGUCAACAUGGGCACAGAGACUAGGAAUUAGUGAAUAUAGAGCAGGUUUCAGUAAUAAUCAGCACUUGACUUACUGGACCCUCAAACAGCAGAUAACGGUCUUCUCCAGGACGCCUGGGACGGCUACAGAUUUUGACCAUGACUUAGGUCAUAGAGCAAGUGUCAACAAACUUCAAAGAAUCAGUAGUGGGUAAGACACUACAAUUAUUAGAAAAUGCACAAAAAUAAAGAGAAAUUCCUUGUAUGUUGGGAAAUAUUUAAAACAGUCCUAACUGACUGGGAGGUCGAUGAAGAAAUCAUUAAUAGAUAUGUAAAAAUGACAUAAUUGAAUAAUGAUGAAAAUACUACAUAUCAAAAUCUGUGAGGUACUUCAAAGGAAAUGAAUAGCCUUAAAUACUUAUACAACAAAAGAAGAAAGGCUGAAAAUUAAUGAAUUAAGAUAUUAAAAAGACAAUAAAUAAGGGUAAAAGGACUACAGAAUGAACCCUGAGAAAUUAGAAGGAAGAAGAUUAUAGAGACUAAGCAGAAUUUAUUAAGUUAUAACAGCGUCUGCAGGAAGCCAAGAGAUGGUUCUUUGGAAAGAUGGUGAAAAUAGACAAACCACUAGUAAGAUUGAUCCAGCGUUGAAAGAGCAGAAAUUCCAAAGUAAUAAGAGAAUUCUAUGAACGGUCUUAUGCCAACAAGUUUGGAAACUUAGGGAAAAAAUGGACAGAUUCCUAGAAAAGUACGGUUUGCCAACAUUGACUCAAGAAUAAAUAGAUCAAUGGUUCUGUAGCCAUUAAAGAAAUAGAAUGGGUCGGAAAGACUUUCUCCCCAUGGAAACACUAAGCCCGAUUGGUCUUUUACGUGCGUUCUACCCAACUGUCAGGGCAGAGAUCCAGUCUUACACAAACCUCCCCGGAGAACGGGAAAAGGGGAAAUUCCUAAAUACAUAACUCGAGGUCAAAUCAAAGGUGACAUACGUACGGGAAAGGAUCAUCGUGGUCCUGUCUGUCUCAUGGACACAGACCUGGUCAUCCUAUCACGACACAAGCGGACCGCGCUGCGUCCCGUGGCCUACCUUUUGGAGCUGGUAGUUUAGCAGGAAGCCCGGACAAACCACCGGCUUUGGGGGAAGUAAUGCCCCCCCACCCUCCAUUGGAGCUGCCUCGAGGACGAGGAUGAGGGAUGAGGCUGAACUUUGAACGCCCACCCUGAGGCCCUGUGUGGGGAGCUGUGCAACUGUCCUCAGGCUGCGGCAGCAGAAGAAAGCAGUGAAUGCCCCGCAGGUGCCAGGGACAAGGUCGGCCUCCUUCCUUCCCACUCGCCUGCAUCCUUUCCACAUCCUAACUGCUCCCCAGUGUAGGUCUUUCCUCACACAUGUGCUUAACAGAGAGGCUUCCCCUGCUGCCUCUCGCCCUCCCAUCCCCACACGUGCCAACGCCCCCUGUAAGUCCUUGUCUUCCUGGGCAGGGAACCUCCACAAGGCAGGGCUCUGGCUGCCCCCGGCCCCCAGGACGGUGCUCAGCGUGCAGUCUGUGCUCUGUCAAUGCACUGCACGGUCUGUGUACCGCCCGCACCUGUGCAGAGGCACCCGGAAGGCAGGGCCGGGGAGAUUAGGAGGUGCAGGAGGAGGCAAGGUCUCCAGUGGGCCAGGCCGGGGUCAGAUGCUGUCUUGGGGAGCUUGGGCUUCUGAGCUAAUCCAAGUCCAGUCAAGGGCAGGACUCGCGAAGAGCCCAGCUGGUGGCCUGGCCCAGGCCCCGAGCCUCCAGGGAGGGCGAGGAGGGAUUCUCUGGCCAGAGCCCUUCAUCCUGUUCCCAGUGACAGGAUGUUGUCAUCUGAGAGCCUGGGAGGCCUCAUCCAGGCUGUUUUGGGCUUGGAACCUGCUGCCCUGGCCAGGCUGAGGGCCACGCUGGGCAGCUUGUGGGGGAGGGGAGGUGCCUUUUAAUUUGGAGCCGAGCAGGGUAGAUAAGCAGCAAUUGGAUUUGCCGAGGCCUGAGUCCCUGGGUGCAGAGAACACCGGAGAAUCUUAUUUUCAUGAUAAGAUUGUUAUAAAUUCUCCCCACCAUCUGCUGGGAAAUGUAAAUGUGAAUUGGGUUCCAGGCGCCGGGAGGGACAGCUGGUGGGGCCGCGGGGGGGCGGGGAGGGGGACCCCGUGUGCACCCAGGCCUCGGGCUGGGCCUCAAGCCGUGCCCCUUCCCGUACCCCGUGGCUCUGUGCGCUCCGCAGCCCUGCUCUGAGUGAUCGCCUGCAGAAAAGUAACCCCAGGCGAAGAUUUAAGUCAAUCUGCUGGUGACUGGGCUCACCAUACCUGGGUAGACGGGCAGAGGUCACGGGCAUAGGACAGAGGGACUGGGGGGGCCCUGCACCCCGCUGUGUGCUCCACCUGCCCCAGUGUCCUUGGCGACUCGCAGCAGCUUCAGGUCAGGUGGGCGCUGCCUUGGCCCAGUUUCAGUGUGCCUCUGCGGGUGUCCCCACUCCUCUAAGCGGCGGACGUGGGCCGACCUGCCUGCUCUCUGGCUGGCCUGGGGACUGCACCUGGUGGGGCCUGCAGAGCCUGCAGGCAGCAGGGAGGUGGUGCGGGUCCUGGGGCCGUGCUCCGGCUGCCCUGGGCCCAGGGUGAGCGACUACAGCCUGCGGACCACUCGCAGCAAGGCUGGGCAGGAAAGCCCCUCCCAGCAGAGGCCCUCUCACCCUUUCUUGAUCCGUAAAGAAGUCUCUGCUCAGGGGAGAUGGGCCUGCCCUUGGGAGUGAGUGCAGGGUCGCCCCGUGUUCUUCCUGCUAUGCUGAUCACACGAGUGGCACUCCCUGUGGGUGCGGGGGUCCAGCCUGACACACAUUCCUGUUCUGGAGACAAGGGUCAGGGGUGUCCUGAGGCCCAGGAGGAACUGCCAGAGAGAUGGCUAAUGAAAUGCCAGGCCCGUGGGCCAGAGGAGGACAGAGGAUAAAUCAACACGGCCCAGGUGAAUGUGGAAAGGCCUCCAAAGGAGGGGGGGCUGGCUCUGAGGGGCAGUCUUAAAGCUGGAAGUCCCUGCCCCCCGAGGGGUGCCUCUGAGCCCCUGAGGUGAGAAGAGUCUCACCCCCUGCACAGAUGAGACCUGUGAGGCCGGAUGGUGAAGACUUGCCCUAGACUCAGGGACACGCGGCCACCCCCGCUCACAGCAUGCGGGGACACAGGCAUGGGCAGGCCUGGUGGCGGGAAGUGCACGUGUGUGCGCGUGUGCAUGCAUGUGUGCGUCUGCACAUGUGUGUACAUGAUGUGUGCGCACGCGCACGUGCUCAGGUGUGUUGCGGUGCUGUGCACGAAGUUUAUGUAUGUGCACACGUGUCAUAUGUGCCUGUGCGCAGGCAUGUGUUCUCCUUGCUCGCCAUCCAGGCAGCGUCUGGAGCAUGAAGGUGGGAGUGGUCCGCUUCCAAGAUGGGGCAUCAGGUGGGCAGAAGGGCUUCUCCGGGAGGCCGCUCGUCUGUGGGAGGCCCGUGAGGGAGCCGGGCACGGGGCAGAGGAAGAGCUGCACGCCCCAGGCCAGGCUGCCAGGCCCUGAGCUGCUCACCCCUCGGCGGGAGGGGCGCCUGGCCGCACCUCACGUCACCUGGCCACUGAUCAGAUGGGCCCCUCUCCUGGGCGGGUCCGCAGAGAGCCCAGGCCUUGUCCACAGUACCCCUGAACACCCACCUGGGGGGCGAGCUUCCGAGCGGCCCUCCUAGCACGGCUUCCUCCUGGUCUGCUAGUCCCAGACUGAGCUUCGGAGCACCGAGGCAGCAGAGGAGCUGCCUGGCCUUCCCGAACCUGGACACAGGGCAGGCAGAUUGGGGGGCGGGCCGGGGGUCCCGCGGGAAGAUGGUGGUCUGGAGGAGGGGAGAGCCUCCUGAGGCAGCGCCUGGCAUCCGGCCCAGUCCUGGUGGUAAGACUGACCGGGCCGGCUGUCCAGGGUACCGGGUCCAAUUUUCACAGGGAACUGCUGCGCAUGCCGGGUGGCCCACUUUAGAAUCUCCCUUGCAGGACCUAUGCCCCCACCUGCCCCCACCCCUGCCCUGCUCCGCAGGCUUCAGCUGGGAGGGCCGUGGGAGCUCCUGGCUACUCCAGAGGACGGAGGUUCUCAGGCUCAGGUCACCCCUGAGUGGGGGCUGGACUGGGAGUGGGGGAUUGACCGCUCCAGAGAGGUGACGAGGGGACACCACCCCACCGUGGGGUGACUGGGGGAUGGCUGUGUGCGUGGGAAGGUCCCUUUCAAGGCAGAAACAAUGCAGUUUUGAAGUGGUAGGAAUCUGGGCUCAUUUUCAGCAGCUGUAUGCAAAUUGCAUGCAAAUGAACCUCUUUUCCUUCCAGUACCAGUGAGUGGCCCAGAGAAACAGUGAUCUGGAGGACCAGAGUGAGCCCAGCAUCUUGUCCGAUUCACAUCAAGAAUCCCCUUCUUCAGAAGCUGUGCUGAGUAGGGGCAGCCACUGCUGUUUAUUUAACAGAUGAGGACGGUCCCUGGAGUCACACAGACUGGGUUCUAAUCCCAGCUCUGCAGUGACUGCCUGUGGGUGACUGAGUGUGUUGCCGAACCGCUCUGCUCCUCAUUUCCCUUUUCUGUAACAUGCAAACAGGGCCGCCUCAGCGGGUACAUGGGAAGCACUUAGCACAGUGACUUGUUCUGAUGAUGGUGUUGUGGUGGUGAUGGUGGUGGUGGUGGUGGUGGUGGUGGUGAUGGUGUGGUGGUGGUGAUGGUGGUGGUGGUGGUGGUGGUGGUGAUGGUGGUGAUGGUGGUAAUGGUCGUGGCUGUGGUGAUGAUGGUGGUGGUGGUGGCAGUGGUGGUGGUGGUGAAUCCUGCUGUGGUGGUGAUUAUGGUGAUAAGAGAGCGUCCUCCACAGUAGGCAUGGUACGAGGCCCUGGGAGAAUGGAGAAGAAAAGUGAUCUCUGUCUUUGCGAUGCUCAUAUCUUCUUCAGAGCCCUCCCCAAGGUGGGGCUCAUGUUCUAACUCGUGUCCUUGCCCUCCAGUCCCCGGAGGCCUCUGUACCUAAGAGCUCCGCUCUCCACACUCCCUCCACUGUCACCUCUCCUGUCGGUGCUGACAGCGUGCCUGCCUUAGGGCAGCUGUGACUUGACCUAUGGGCCUUCCUUAGAGCCCCUGCUGUCAGGAGGGCGAUGCAGGCAGGUGGGGGCAGGGAGCACAGGGAGGACGACACGUGGUCCUCACUCUUGGGGGACCACUGUUGUCCUGUGACCUCGCGGCACCCUCUCACCCCCCCACACCGCAGCAGACACUCUGUGCUCCAUUCAGACUGCACCCCUGCAGGACCCCACACCUUCCUCUGUGCAGCAGAGCCCCCAGCCCACUGUCUUCAUUAUGCCUUGGGGCCCUCCAGCCUCCCCCGACCCCCCUCCAGCCUCCAGCUCCCCAGGUGGACACAUCUGCCACUCUCGUCAUUCUGGCUGUUGGCACAGGGCCGAGCGUAGGGUGAGUGUCCAGGACCUGCCGGAGGGCCUGCUGUGCCUGCUGGGAGCAUCCCACCAGGCAUGCGGUUGGUGGGGGGCAUGGGGGGCAGGGCUACAGCACCCGAGGAGCCCCAGAGCGUGUCCGGUCCCUGUCCUGCUCUCAUGACAAACAGCCCACUGUUGCCCAUUUUGUGGACGUGGGACUGAAACUUAAGAAAGACCAGCACUUGCCCCAAAUCAUGCAGCUGGUGAGGGGCGGAGCCAGUGUUCAAAUCCAGUCUCUGAUGCCCAGGCUUUCCCGCGCACCUCGGGAUUUUGGACAGAGCCAGGAAGUUGGGAGCGGCAGGUGUUGCACUGGAAGUGGGAGGAGCCGGAAGGGGGAGGACGGCCAGAGGGAGACAGGGUGCAGCGGUCCACGGGACAGCUCCCACCCCACCACUGUGCACAGACGGAGCUGCUGUGCUCUCUGCAAGCUCGGGGAGUAUUUGCUGUGUCUGUCGCCUCGAGCUGGUGGAGGUGGGGUCUGGAGAGGGGCGGUGU